CGCGAGAAGAAAAAAAGCCGUCAGUAGGACCUCACAACGGCCCGCAACUGCUGUGCGCGCCUAACAGACGUAAGACUGGGUCGCCGGUCGUCUGCCUCCCGGGGAUACACGUCGUCGCCUUCUGGAACGUGUGGCCUUCGCGCCGAUAGCAGACGGCCCAUUCAGAGCUCACUGCCGAGGCUCUUGAUGCCACGUGACCUUCACAGUGACGAGUGAAGUCCGCAGUGCCGUAGCUUUCUCGUCAGCUAGGUCGUCGCGUUUACGCACCGACCUCACGACGACGGUCUUAACCUAACCCAACCAGGAUGACGGGCAGGUCUACGCCGCCUCUGCAUUGGGGCAGCGUUCUGUUCCACUGGAUUUACGUCUGGACCUUCUUGGUCGUCGUGGUACUGCAACCGGCAAGCGCUGGCCUCUGUUCAGUUGGAGAAGCCUUAAUGUCGUGUGACAAAAAGUUUCUGCGGCCAAAGGGUGAUAACGAGAAGUUUAUGAAGGCAAUCACGGCUUGCCUGGAUAAGGAGAAGUUGGACCUUAAGAAGAUAAACCUGCCAUGCUUCCAGCAAGAACAGGUGGACACCCUCGUGAAGUGCAGAUGUGAGGCCUACAUCCAAGCUGCGGGAACGAAGUCCAGCACGGAUGCGAAGAAAAAGACCGUCGACUUCAAGAAAUGCGUCGAUCAAAUUGAUCUGUUUGAAUAAGCGCGGUAGCGAGAGUUAAUAUACUAAGGAUGGUGUUUCCUAAUGGCGUCAGUACAUCGCCAUGCAGUGGAACCACUUUUUUCAUUGUUUUUCGCAAUGUCGUAUUGGGGCGUAUUCUUCAAGUGGCUGAAUAUGUGCGUUCCAAGUACGCACGCUAGACAUGAAAUAGUUGGUUAUUACACACCGGACACUUCGCAUGGAGUCCGCGUUCUCUAAACUUAAAAAAAAAUUAAAUUAUGGGGUUUUACGUGCCAAAACCACUUUCUGAUUAUGAGGCACGCCGUAGUGGAGGACUCCGGAAAUUUUGACCACCUGGGGUUCUUUAACGUGCACCUAAAUCUAAGUACACGGGUGUUUUCGCAUUUCGCCCCCAUCGAAAUGCGGCCGCCGUGGCCGGGAUUCGAUCCCGCGACCUCGUGCUCAGCAGCCCAACACCAUAGCCACUGAGCAACCACGGCGGGUGCUUUCUCUAAACUUGACGAAAUAUGUUGAAUUCACUGAAGUUUCCGAAUCCGUUCUGCAGCAGUUCGCUGUUUGAUUCAGAAGAUGCACAAAAUGUGCCGCAUUUUCAGUUGGGUUUCCACAUUUGUGCGGACAACAUGCAUAACAUAUUGAUGUUCAAGAAGGGUAGAACAGGUUCCAGUAUCUGCGAGCACCUCCACCGUGUUGCAAUAAUUACGUUAUAGAGCUGAUACAUAUCAUGCAAACUCAUCAUCACUGUGCGGAAGUACUUGUAACCUCGCAUAUGAUUAUUGGCACAAUCGCCUGCCAGUAGUUACUGAAGGUAGUGAGCUGGUGAGCACAAUGUGUUUUUACUCGUUGCAAUUAAAAAACAAUUUGCGCAGGGAGUAAACGACAGCGUCAUAAAACUGGCUUUAGGCCCACCAAUUUGACCGAACAAUGCCCAAGUAUUGUUCGAUAGCCAUCCUGUCGAUAGUCAACCAAUUAAGUCCUAGUUAUAGUGAGCUGUCUUGUGCACAAUUUCGUUGAUUAGGGUGCAGUUAUUAAAAGUGUAUGCAUGUGUCUGCAUGUUUUCAAGAGAGCGUGGAAUCUUCUGGCUGUCACAACUCUCAAGACUGAUUUUUUGCCUUUCUUUGCACCUUCAGAAAUGCGUCGACAAUGCGGUCCAAAGCAAAAGCUGAAGGCUCUCUGCUAGAAAUAAAAGACUACUAAACAACAAAA